GGCAGUGUUCUUUCCCUGACGUUCUGAAAAGAUUUCGGACUGGGGCUCCCGAUGCCAAAUUUGUUGGGUCAUCUGUAGUACAGUGACUGGGAUCCCCUCUCACAGGUCCACUAAACUGAAAGCUCGGGCCCCCGUUCUGAAAAGCUUCUACAGUUGAAAGACCCAAUCUGUCCUUCUCAAAUUAUUUAGCGAUCACGUGACUGUUUUUUAAGUCUCUUUGGAACUUCUUCAGUAUUUUGAACUCUGCUGUCUUUCCCAGUUUUGUAGAACUAUUUGGAUCUAAGAUGAUGAAUCCUGGCAUCCCGUUUCCCAACCUUCCAGCCCUAAACCAGACCCCAAUACAACAACAGCAGCAGCUCAAGUCUACUCUUCAAAUCAAAAAGAACGCCAUAACUGAUGACUACAAAGUUACUAAUCAGGUUUUGGGACUAGGGAUCAACGGAAAGGUACUAGAGAUCUUCAGUAAGAAGACUGGAGACAAGUUCGCUAUGAAGAUGUUACAGGACUGCCCAAAGGCACGUAGGGAGGUGGAACUGCACUGGAGGGCCUCCCAGUGUUCUCAUAUUGUGAAGAUUAUUGAUGUGUACGAAAAUCUUUACCAGUCCAGAAAGUGUCUCCUUAUAAUUAUGGAAUGUCUGGAUGGUGGAGAACUCUUUAGCAGAAUUCAGGAUAGAGGGGACCAAGCCUUCACAGAGAGGGAGGCAUCAGAGAUCAUGAGAAGCAUUGGAGAAGCAAUACAGUACUUACACUCUAUCAAUAUCGCACACAGAGAUGUAAAGCCAGAAAAUCUCCUAUAUACAUCAAAACGGCCAAACUCUGUUUUAAAGCUGACCGAUUUUGGAUUUGCCAAGGAAACCACAACACACAAUUCACUAGCGACACCAUGUUACACACCUUAUUAUGUUGCUCCUGAAGUUCUCGGGCCAGAAAAAUAUGAUAAGUCGUGUGAUAUGUGGUCUCUUGGUGUUAUCAUGUAUAUUCUACUAUGUGGCUAUCCACCAUUUUACUCCAACCAUGGUUUUGCCAUCUCCCCUGGAAUGAAGAAACGGAUCCGCAUGGGGCAGUAUGAAUUUCCAAACACAGAGUGGUCUGAAGUUUCAGAUGAAGUAAAGCAGCUGAUCAGAAAUCUUUUAAAGACUGACCCAACUCAAAGGAUGACAAUCUCAGAAUUUAUGAACCAUCCAUGGAUAACGCAGUCUAUGCAGAUUCCACCAACACCUCUUCAUACCAGCAGGGUCCUAAAAGAAGAGAAAGAUUUGUGGGAAGAUGUUAAGGAAGAGAUGACAAGUGCCCUUGCCACCAUGAGAGUUGACUAUGAGCAGAUAAAGAUCAAGAAGAUUGAAGAUGCCUCUAAUCCUCUCCUCCAAAAGAGGCGAAAGAAGAUUACACCCCAUGUAGCAACUCACUGAGGUUUCACUUGUGUGCGAUCACCAUUGGUGUCAAUCAUGCCUUGUAUUCUUGCGCCAACUCAGUGUUAACUGUAAAGGUGGCUUGUAGUGCCACAUUAAAAACAGAGGGAUGGGCCUGCAAGUCUGUGGGAUUGGUGCCAGGCGUGGGACUCAUUCUUCUAUAAUUCUGUACUCCAUUUUUUAGGAAGAUUUUUUGUUUGUUUUUUUUCUUUUAGGUUUUUUUUCUGUUUUUAGAGAUUUUCACAAUAUAUUUUAUAUAUAUAUAUAUAUAUAUAUAUUCAAAUUUGCACACAUCCAUGGGAAAACGAGAGGGGAAACAUAUAAUGUUGGCUAUAAGCAUCAAAGGAGAGGAAGGUGAAGGAUUUAGGUGUUCCAGAUAAUGUGCCAUCAUUAGCAUGUCCAAGCAUAUCAGUCUAAAAGGAUAUUCCUGGGAGUGGCACACUUCAAGGACCACUAAGCCCAAGAGACAGGCUAAUCACUUUUGGUACGAAUUUGUAAUUAGGAGUCAGCCUCGCUAAAGUACCUUGUUUGCUUUUAAAGGCAGACUUCCCUUUUUAAACAUUUUAAAAGGCAAUGUAAAUAUAGCGCUUUUUAAUAGAAUGUCUGGAUAUUUUAAACGUGUCCCUGAAAUUGCAAAUUAAUUUAUUUUUGUUACAUCUUAAAGGCCUGUAUGUAACUUCAAAGUCUUUUUGGGAUAUUUUAAGUUUUUAAUUUUGGAAUCAUUUCAAAAAGGCCUUGAAAUAUCCAUGUGCAUGAUUUUGCUACACCUUAAAAAAAAAAAAAAACAUUUUCAAGGACCUUUGUGCCUCCAUAUGCAUCCUAGUUGCCUUAUAUGCAACCAAAUGUUGACCUGAUAACUGUUUUUUUAGGAGGGGGUGUAUUUUAAGUGUGCAACACUGAUGCUUAGGAAGGAAAUGGAGCAAGACUCCGCUGAGCCCACAAAUCAGCCUGUGAAAUCCCGCAGAAAAGGCCUGUAUAAUUGAAAGCUAGACGGUUGCCUGAAUUCCACAUAUAUGAUACUGUGGUGAGAAUGUAUUGCUGCUAUUGAUAAAGCUAGCUUUUUAUAUAUAUUGAUUCUAAUAGGACACAAUGGGGUAAAAUAAUAUACAUUCUGUCUAGUAGCAGAAAAAAUGUUUUGCAGUUUUAAAUAUUUUGCCCCCUCAGCUGCAUUGUCAUGAAUCAGACGUCCAGAUUAUUAGUCCUUUUUCAGGUAUUUUGGCACUUUUGCCAGCUCUAGUACAGUAUACCAGCCUCUGACCCAAAAAAAAACCCAGAUGAUAUUUUCUUAGAGCUUUGAUCUAAAACCUUUCUAUUGAUUACAUGAAAACCAUGAUUUUAAACUUUUUCUUUAAAGAAAAUGAAUUAUGCAGAAUGAAAAAGCAGACCAGUUGAUCCAUUACUGAUGUAUGUUGUAGGAUUUGGGGAGAAUGUGUGUAAUAAGUGGCUGGGUUAGGUUAUAAUCUUUUUUUUUUUUUUUUUUUUUUUUUUUGUAAUUCAGCUGUAUAGUAGCACACUCUAAUGCCAUUUAUGUUUAUCAUCUCUUUCCCCAGAAAGCAAUAUUUUUCUCUGGAAUUGUUGUAAAGUUAUAAUUUUGUAUGAUCAAACUGUUUUACUAAAAGGUUUUAAACUUUG